CACAGAAAUAAAUCGAUACAGCUCUCUGUCUACUGUCUAGCCCCCCUCGCCUUUUCUUGCCCAGUUUAUUCGCAAAUGGCGUUCAGUUAAUCGGUGUGAAGUGCAGAAUGAAAUACGAUAAUUUUAGUGCAGUGCAUGCGAUUUUAGAUUGAUUAAAUAUUGAAUCUUUAAUAUCGAUAAAACAACAAAAAUCCGGAGUGUUUUCAUAGAAUAAACACAGUGCAGUGCAAGCAUUUUAUUGGCUACGCGCCGCGGACAUGCUACGAUCGUUGGCCUUGUGCUUUUAAGGAGCUGAUAGUACAGUGAAGUUAGUUUGAAUACCGAAAUAAAUACUGGUUCUGUCUUUCGGCGUCCAGUGUAAACGAACGAAAACAAAGUGCAAAAAUGAAACGAAAAAUACGAAUAUGUACCGAUGGCCACCUGCAAAAUCUUGAAAAAACAUUCAAAUCUCUGCUGCAGAACGAUUUACUGACAGACUGUACAUUAUGGUGCAGAAACGGGUCCAUCAGGGUGCACAAGCUGGUUUUAGCAGCGGUGAGCCCGCAUUUCCGAAAAAUUUUCCUGGAUAGCGAUCAAAAUUCUUCCGUAUACAUGUACGGAAUAGCGAUAGACCAGCUGCAGUAUCUGAUAGAGUUAAUUUAUAAAGGUACUAUCGAGGUACCUGGGAGGAAUUUCAAUGCUGUUUAUGAUUUUGUUGAGAGUUUGGAGAUCACUGGUUUGAUGGUGGAUACGUCUAGAAAGAAAGAGAAAGAAAAACAUAGCAAAAGCAGAACACAUUCUAGAGUAAACAGUGCACCUGUAACUAAUGCAGAAGCAAAAAAAUCAGGUGCUCCAGACAGCACUCAACUUCAUAAUGCAGAUACUGAAGGUCAAUCAGGAACUGGAAUCCAAAAUACAACAGUUGCUGAUACAAGUGGAGAUACCACUGAACAUAAUGCCACAGGAGAGAAGACAGACGAUGUUUCAGUUACUGUAGAAUCAGGACCGAUGAAAUUAAGUACUGAGUCGGAAGAUGAGACUGAUUUAACUGAUGCUGUGAGUGAUGGUGGCGCUACUCCUGGGCCUGAUAAAGACGUUGCAAGUCAAGAACUCACACCUUGGCAAAAGAUGGAAAGGAAAUUCAUUUGCUUAGAAUGCCCUAGACGUUUCAAACGAGCGUCUCACUUAGCGAGACACCAGCUGGUGCAUUCAGGGGAAAAACCCCACGAGUGUGACAUGUGUCACAAAACAUUUUCCAGACAUGAUAAAUUAAAAACGCACAUCAAGAAAAUGCAUACACCGAAGGAUGUGUGUCUCCCCCCAGAAGCUUUAUAUGCAGUCGAUCAUGUCCAAAUCCUAACGGGUGAUCCGGCAAAUGAGGAAGAACGUUGCGAUAGCAUAGGAUCUACAUCAUCGAUGUCAGAUGAAGAUAGUGGGGACAUUUACGUGGCGAAAAGAGUGGGCAGAGUCAGAAAACCUAUGGUUCCAUUCACAAUUGAGGGAAAUCCACCAGUCAAGAAAAAAAGGGGAAGGCCACCUAAAAAUCCAGUAGGAUUAUUGCCGGAGAUCAAAAAGGAAAGAAAAAACGGGGUCGACCUAGGAUCCAUCCUAAAGUUGAGAAAGGCAUCAAACCAAGAGGAAGACCGAGGCUCAAACCGAUCGUCCCUGGACCAGCACAUCAGCAGUACCAGCAUCAUUUCCCAGAAUCGGCACAUCAGCCAAAAGCUGAGAACCAUAUGAUAGAGGUGGUACCAUCAGAUAGCCUCAGAUACCUCACCGCACCACCCACGGCCAUCAACGAACCAGGUAACGACGCGAUGGUCAUGGAACCAGAAAUCGAAAUACAAGAAGAUGCGAUGACGGCGGACGACAGGAACAGCUUCUUGCAAAAUAUUGGACUUUUGCAGAACUCGAUCGGUACUAUUGGAGAAUGUACCAUCACCAUGGCGCCACCUAUCUAGUAAAGAAACGGGAGUUAAGUUGCACGGUCAUUCAGGGAGGAAACCGCGGAGACACUUGCUGCCAUCAAGUGGCACGUCGCUUUCUCUCGCUGCGCAAACUUUAGUUGGAUUAUUUUAAAAUGAACCUAGCGGGCUUGCUCUUUUAUGGUCCUCGGUAUUGUUGUUGGUGCCAGCUAAGGUCGAGUUUUAUUUCAGUGACUUACUAUUAGGUUGUUCGGAAAGCUCUUGCGGUGUUCUAACUUUCAAAUUCAGAGCUUUAACAAAACCUUAUUAAUCAAAAUAAAAACCAUUAGAAUGAGUACAGUUUUGCCGACGAGAAACAAGUUUAUUUAUGCCGCGAACGUAGAAAUCCGCAGUUCUGGAGGCGAUGAACUCAUUGAAGUCAUGGUUAUUAAAGCGUUUCUCGCUGUCUAGGUGUUUGAAAAAGUGGUAGUCGGUGGGCGAGAUGUUCGGCGAAUAUGGUGUAUAAGGCAGAGUUUUAUAGCCCAAUUCUUUCAGUUUUUGCAGGGUCGGUUGUGCGACGUGUGGCCGAGAGUUGUCGUGGAGGAGAAUUGGUCGCUUCGUAUUGACCAAUCUAUGGCAGAUAUGUCGGAGCUUCUCAUGCAUUACGUCGAUUUGCUGGCAGUACUUCUGCGCCGUAGUGCUCCCGGAUUUAGAAAGCUGUGGUGGAUGAGACCGGCUGCAAACCACCAAACAGUCGUCAUAACCUUCUGUUGUGGAGCCCGUUGCUGUCCAAUCACUGCGCAGAACGUCGCCUAUUGUCGUAGAGAAUCCACUUUUCAUCACAUGUCACAAUCCAGUCAAGAAACGGGUCGUUUUUGUUGCGUAUAAGAAGGGCAUACGCCACCUCAAAACGAGGAUUUUUCUGAUCUUCGCAUUCAUCGAGCUUUUUUACUUUCCGAUUCGUUUCCAGUGGUCGGAAAUAAUCGCAAUACCCACACUAAGCUCCUCAGCAAGCUCACGAAUAGUUGUGCGCGAGUUUUCUUCCUCCAGGGCCUUUAAUUCGUCGUCGUCGACAUCAUGUGGCCGACCACUACUCAUUUCAUCUUCAAGGCUCUCGUCACCGCUGCGGAAUUUCUUGAACCACCAUUGUGCCGUACGUUCGUUAGUGGUUCCUUCGCCAAAUACAUCGUGGAUAUCGCGAGCUGUCUCGGCAACUUCUCUACCUGAUUUGAACUUUAAUAAGAAAAUCUCGAACCAAUUUUCGAAGCACUUAUUCCACUCGUUUGCUGGCAGAUCCGAAACGGCAUUUUUGAAUGCGUCAACUGCUUCUUCUGGUGACUGGAGCCUUUGACCACGCAGUCUGUUUUUAAUUUUCGGGAAAGUGAAGAAAUCGUUAGGACUAAGAUCGGGACUAUAUGGAGGAUGGCCCACUAAUUCCACGUUUUCUUCCUUUAAAUACUGCCUUGUUUUUUGGGCUGUGUGCGAGUUUGCUUUGUCUUGGUGGAGAAUGAUUCUUCUUUCGGGGUUGAUUUUUCGAAGCUCGGUGAUGACUUUUGGAAAACAACUGGUGGUAUACCAAUCCGCAGUAACAGUUCUUUGCUCAUUAAGAGGAAUUGUUGCAAUAUGUCCCGCUUUUGACACAAAUGUCGCGACCAUCUUUCUCGAAACACUUCGAGAACGGAUCACUUUUGUUGGCUUUUCUUCACCUUGGAACACCCAAACAGCCGACUGCCGUUUAUUUUCUGAUUCAUAACAGUAAAUCCACGAUUCAUCACCACUAACAAUGCUGUACACAUUUUUUGAGUUUCCGAAAUUGAAACGGUCAAGCGUUUUUUAACACCAAUUAACCCUGGCUGCUUUCUGCUCUUCAGUCAACAGGUGUCUCUGAAAGUUGUAAUAAAUUAUGGCGCGAAAAUGUUCUCGGUUGAGUUCCAUUUUUCUAAUGACUUGGAGACACUUAAAAAUUCACUGUAGUGAGAACACUGCACGUAUUGUUGUGAAACUUUGAAUUUAAGUUUACUAAAGAGUGAUGUUAAGAUUCAGUACUGACAUUCGAUCCACGCGGACUACUAUGUUUCUAUAUGCAAAACUUAAAAUACAUACCUCGUAAUAUGGCUAUUUGCGUAAAAAAUCCGCCAUUUUGAUUUAACAAAAUGUCAACACACACAGAAUCACUCGCACUGGUAGGACGAAUCUAACAAUACCUCAUAUGUCAAAAUCCAUCAAGUCAUUUGGACUGUAGCUCGUAAAAUAGAAUUUCUCCUCACCUCUGUGAAAACAUACAGAUUUUUUAAGCAAGCUGAAAUUUUCAUGGUUUAUUCUAGGUGGAUUGAAAUAGUUUUUACAAAAAAAUGAAUAAUGAAAUACAACCUCAAUUUUUUUACCGCCCUGCAAAGUUGAGAGAUGGAAAAGAUUUUUCACAAAAAAAAUUAAUUUAGGAUUUUUUGCGUUGAUUUAUAAUUAGCGCUGUUAAAAAGUGUCAACUAUUGCUAAAACUAACCAUUUAGCUCAUCUCAAAAGAAAAUCACAGCCCUAAACCCAAUGGUUUAUUUGUAACCGAUUGAAAGUUCAUUAUCCCGUUUUUUUUUUUCGAAAUUUCACAGAAUUGCAAAUAUUUCCUGAACUAUAAAAUUUCGGACCACACAUAUAGGGGCUCUUUCGAUAGGUUUAGAAGCCCUCUAUCACCUGACUUUCGUUGAUCCACUACUAACUUUACACCCUGUAUAAGGUCAAAGUAUUAUAAAUACAUUUUAGUGUAAAAUUCAUCAUUUAAAAUAUACAUAACAAAAACUGCAAGAACUCUCCGAACAACCUAAUAAAUAAAGGGUGUCCCAAAAUUAACGCAAAUUUUGAAUUAGAUAUAAAACACGGUUUUAUGUCUUUAGGUUGUUAUUGAAGCAUAAAGUAUUUAGGGUAGGUUUAGCACAUUGGACAAAUGGCCUCCACGGUUUUGCUGACGUAUAACGCUCCAUUUUUACUAACCCUAACCUCUCAGAUGUCAAAAUGUUCUUUUUUCAGGACUGCCUACAAUUUACUGCAAACACGGGGACCAAUUCAAAUCUUGCGUUAAUUAUGGCGCCCUUUACAAAUAGUAUCUUUUUGAGGCUGGCACAUGAGUUAGUUCCAAAGUACUUCUUGAAGCAAAAUAAAAAAUUGUGUCAUGUCUAUAGUUAAAUUCAUAUAUUAAUCAGUGCUACGACACGGGAUUGGUUGUUCUUUCUGACAUACCGAAGCAUUGUGAUCGUGAAAUGUUUUGGUUAUUUUUUAUACAGAGUUUGAAUUCGAUCUUCGCCUUUGGGAUCUCGGAAACUGCAAGAGAUACAAAGUCGCUUAAGCGGGGGUCAAGUUGCAAAUCAACAAAACGACGAUUAAAAAGUUUCGUAAUUCCAAGUACUCCCGUAGAGAGACGGAAAAACCGAAUUUUCCCAGAAUUGUUUUAUUUUUUUUUGACUUCAUUUGUAGUGGGAUAAAUUGCACAUUAAUAUUGCCACUUUUUCUCCUCUACAAGAUGGCUUAAUUAGAAUUUCGAUAUGACGUUUCGCCUCUUGUUCUCCGACAUCAACUUUAUUUCUUCUUAUUGACGGCAUAUUGGACUUUUGCAUAGAUGAAUAGAGUUUUCAAUUCUGAUUCCAAAAAUGUAUAAUACGUCCUACGUUGCCAUUGCCAAACUUUAGUUAUUUCAAAAAAUCAGAAUGUCCUAGAUUGACGUUGAAACUUCCUAAGCGGCAUUUUUUUUUUAAGUAGCUGAAUACGCAACUUCGCAGGGUAUUGAGUUUAGGCAAAAUUAGGAUUUCAAAUUGACAAAUCCCUUUUGAUAAUAAAGCUAAUCAGGUAGGUGUCAAUUUAAAGUUUAAUUUGUUGAGAAGCUUUUGUGUUCCAGCCACUUUCAUGAUGAUGAUAAUAACAUGUCCAGUGGAACAGUUCACUUUUUGAUUCAAGAAAUAAAACACAAACUUAAUGAUAAGAACAUAUUUAUUACUAUCAACAUAUUCGUAAAUUCGGCGAGUUUUAUUUCUUAAACAUCAUUCCGCCCAAAUGUUUGUCAUCCUUCUAAUCGAGCGCGCAAAUUCUGAAACAGUAUCUUGCAGAGUUCCGGAGUGACGUUGUAGUUGUUUAUUUCUCGUCCUUAAGCUCCUCCACUGUUCUUGGAUUAUUGGAAUACACUUUGGCUUUAGAUAAGCGCAUGGCAUAAGGUCUGGUGACCCAGGAGGCCAGUGAAUGUCUCCAAACUUCGAUAUAAGUUUUUGGGGAAAAAGUGCUUUCACCGUGUCCAUGGAUUCUAUGGAGUAUGCGCAGUGGCUACAUCCUGUUGAAACCAUGUGUUUAUGUUAAAUCGACGUUCUGUUCUUACAGUAGCAGCAAGAAAGUGUCAAUCAUGUCCUUGUAUCGAUCGGAAUUGACUGUCAAUACAUGACCGUUUUCAUCUUCAAAGAAAUAUGGCACAAUAAUACCGCUAGAGUAUGACACACCAAACAGUCACCUUUGGACUAUGCAGUUGUGUUUCUGUUUUGGGUCCGUUGGUGCCCAAUAUAUGCAAUUUAAAUUUGAAGUGUGAACUUUUCCGCUGGACCUGUAUUUAUAAUUUUCCUAUCUAGUGUUUCAAUGUUUUAUUUAUAUUUCAAAUAUUUGUAUAUUUAGUAACAAAGUGGUUGGUCAACUUAACAUAUAAUGCAUCUUGCAAUGUACAUAGAAGUAUGUGUAUAUGAAACUAUUUUGCCCUAAUUAUGCACUUAAUUCAUUGUACUUUUACAUUUUGUUUUUUUUUAGAAUGGUAACUUCCAU